AUGUACAUCUUUCAUGAUCUUGCAACUUUCCCCUGUUUCACUAUGACAAUAAUAUUCAUUUUCCAAAUGUUAUAUGUAUUGCCCUUUUGUUCCUCUUCUGCUGCUACAUUUGUGUUCGGAGAUUCCCUGGUUGAUGCUGGCAACAACAAUUUCUUGUUUACGUUCUCAAAAGCUGACUCUCCUCCAUAUGGCAUAGAUUUUAAACCUUCCCAUGGCAAGCCCACUGGAAGAUUCACCAAUGGUCGCACCAUUUCUGAUAUUGUUGGUGAAGCUCUUGGAGGUAACUCAUUUCCUCCGCCAUAUUUAGCACCUAAUGUGGAGUCAAAUGCCACGCAUAUUGGAAUUAACUAUGCUUCAGGGGCUUCAGGAAUAUUGGAUGCAACCGGAACUCUUUUUAUAGGAAGAGUGCCAUUAAGUGAACAGAUCAGUAAUUUUGAGCAAAGCAGAAGAUACAUAGUGAAGGCAAUGGGAGAGAUAAACGCAAAGAGAUUCUUAAAGAAAGCAUUGUUUUCUGUAACAAUUGGGUCUAACGAUGUUAUUAACUAUUUCCAACCAUCUAUCCCUUUUCUGAGUGAAAAGGUUUCUCCAACCACAUUCCAAGACUUUCUAGUUUCUAACAUGACUAUGAACCUUCAGCGACUGCAUAAAUUGGGGGCUCGAAAAUUUGUAGUAGUUGGUGUAGGACCUCUUGGGUGCAUUCCGUUUAUUCGUGCCAUCAGACUAAUAUCCAAGGGUAAAUGCUCUAUCGAGGUAAACACAUUAAUCAGGAACUACAAUAAGAAACUCAAGGUGGAGCUAGAUCGAUUGAACAAAGACAUGGGACCUAAAGCCAUCUUCAUAUAUGCAAACUCAUAUGAUGUUUUCAGAGAGAUCAUACUAAAUCAUAAACAGCACGGAUUUGAGAAUGCUGAUGGGCCAUGUUGUGGAGGAAAUUUUCCGCCAUUUGUUUGUUACAAGGGGAAAAAUGCAAAUACAAGCUCAGUGAUGUGUGAUGACAGAGGAAAAUAUGUGUUUUGGGAUGCCUAUCAUCCUACAGAAGCUGCUAAUAUUAUAGUUGCUAAAAAGUUCUUGAAUGGUGAUGCUAGUGUAAUUUCUCCCAUUAACAUUCGUCACCUUCUCCAUUAUGUUUCCUAUUGAAUAAUGA